UUCAAAUUCUCCCUCCAUUACUCAUUACAGUCUUCAUCUCUAAAAACUCCUUCCUUUCCACAUAAUCUCUGCAAAUUUUGGGUACUAAUAGAAACAAAAUUUAUUCUAUACUCAAUAAGUACCAAUAGUAGGAGCUGAAGAUGGUGCAAGAGAUGUGGAAUGGACCCCCUGGUUUCAGACCAACAAAAUCGGCGCCAUCUUCACCGGCAAAGCCUCUUGGAAUUUCCAAGAUUCGUUCGGAAUCCUUUCAUAUUAUUCCCAAAGUACCUGUUGGUGACACCCCUUAUGUGAGAGCCAAAAAUGUCCAAUUGGUGGAAAAGGAUCCAGAAAGGGCAAUUCCAUUGUUUUGGGCAGCAAUAAAUGCAGGUGAUAGAGUAGAUAGUGCACUCAAAGAUAUGGCAAUUGUAAUGAAGCAACAAAAUAGAGCUGAAGAAGCCAUUGAAGCAAUUAAAUCGUUGCGAAGUCGUUGUUCUGAUCAAGCACAAGAAGCUCUUGACAAUAUCCUACUAGACCUAUACAAGAGAUGUGGAAGAUUGGGUGACCAAACAACAUUGUUGAGGCACAAGUUGUACUUGAUUCAACAUGGCUUGGCCUUCAAUGGAAAGCGAACCAAGACGGCGAGAUCACAGGGGAAAAAGUUUCAGGUUUCUGUGGAGCAAGAAGCAACUAGAUUAUUGGGAAAUUUAGGGUGGGCAUUGAUGCAACAAAACAACUACAUUGAAGCUGAGGAUGCUUAUAGAAGAGCACUAGUGAUUGCACCAGACAAUAACAAGAUGUGCAAUUUAGGCAUAUGUUUGAUGAAACAAGGAAGAGUUAAUGAGGCAAAAGAUACACUUAGGAGGGUGAAACCAGCAGUUGCAGACGGCCCGAGAGGCGUUGAUUCGCACCUCAAGGCCUACGAGAGAGCACAACAGAUGCUCCGCGACCUUGAGUCAGUGCUUUUGAAUAAAGGUGGCUCUAGGCUUGAACAAAGCAAGCUUUUUGAUGCAUUCUUGAGUUCUUCUGCAAUAUGGCAACCUCAACCUUGCAAAGAACAUAACACAUUUACUAACACCAACUCAUCCAAAUAUGCUGAUGAGAACAUGAAUUCUAACAUUAUAGCUAACCAUAGGGUUCUUACAAAGAGUAUGCAACCAACUGUUUCACACGAAAACUUGCUAAAUAUUCGCGCUCCUCCAUUUUAUACAUCCAAGAUUGUGAGUGAGCCGACGAGUAGUACCCUGAUGCCCGAAAAUCUUAAGAGAACAAGGUCAGGAAAUGCAGCUCACCCCAUGAGAAUGACUAAAGAGUCCAAAGGGACAGUCAUAGAACAAGAAAAUAUGACGCGAAAGCAGUCAAAUUCAGAGUUGUUACCAAAUAGCAAGGAUUUUGAGCAAGCGAUAAUUGCUGCAGCUUUGAAUUCAAGUGAUGAAAUAUUGAAGCCAGAAGGAGGAAGCAAAGAUACUGGAAUUCUUCCAAGGAAAAUUGACAAAAGAUUAAAAGUUUUCCAAGAUAUUACCUUGUCUUUGAGUCCAAGAGCUUAACACUAUUGACUUUUUAACUUCCUUAAAUCUAAUUUCAACUUUUAAGUUAUCGUAAUUCAUUCUUAGGUUGGAGAUAAGCUUCUUCUCCUUUCACAUCCUCAAGUAGGAGAGUAGUAUGCAGAUGGCAAGAGAUUUUCCAAAUGAAACCUGUGAACAAUUCUUUGUUGAAAAGGAAAAGAUGUUUACAAUUAA